GGUUUGCCCAUGCCGGCUUUUAAGCCUUACUUCUUCAGACCCAGCCAGCUUAGCCAGCUGUCAAGAAUUCUGGGUGCUGAAGUCCCAAACACCUAGAGGACCAAAGGCUGGCAUCUCAGUGCAGGCAGAGGCCACUCCCCUUCGUGGCCAUGUGGGGACUGGGGACAAAGGACAGUAAAACACAGGCAAUAACAUUUACAAUCUUUUAGCUGUAGGGAAACCAGGAUCUCAUGUAUCAUGAAAGAGGGAAAUGAGGAAGAAAUUGGCGGAGGCUUACUGAGGUCAGAUUGAAUUGGGAAAGAAGGAUCCAAGAAGAGGAGAGAAGAUUUGAGGAUGGGCGAGAUCAAUUUUCAGGAGCAACCCGAGUUGCUUCUGGAGUGGGAGAAUUGGAGUGAGAACGACGUUGCCCAGGGGAUGCCCGGAUGUUUUGUGGGAGGCUUCUCUCAUGUCCCCGCAUGGAGCUGGAGCUGAUAGAGGGAGCUCAUCCGCGCUCUCCCCGGGUGGGAUUCGAACCUGGCAGCUUUCAGAUCUUUAAGAGCACACCCGGUAUGGACACAUAAACACCCCCACUUGCAUGAGUGAAAGAUGGGUGAUCUGAAUGCAGCUGGCCCUGACGGUAUCAAGAAUGAAGGAAGUAGGAAACUCUGGAAAGAAAUGAUGCAGGAAAUCCUUGGUGAAGACACUAUUAGCAUAGAUACACCACACCAAUGCUUUAAGCAGCUCUCUUAUCAGGAGUCCUUGGGGCCUCGGGAUGUUUGCAGCCGACUCCACCAUUUCUGCCGCCAGUGGUUGAAACCAGAGCGAUACUCCAAGGCUGAGAUGCUGGACCUGGUGAUCCUGGAGCAGCUCCUGACCAUCCUUCCUCCAGAGAUGGAGUGCUGGGUGAGGGAAUGUGGGGCAGAGACCAGUUCCCAGGCGGUGGCUUUGGCUGAAGGCUUCCUCCUGAAUCGGGCAGAGGGGAAGAAACAGGAAGAGGAGCAGGUGAAAGAUCUGUCUGUGAAUAUUGAGUCUGUGCUAGAGAAUCCUCCAUGGGAUGCCCAGCAAAGGGAGAUAAAGCAAGAGAGCGAUAGUGCUGCCACUUUAGCAGAAACUGUAAUAAUGGCAUCAACAAAGACUCAGUCAUCUUUGGUCCAUUUUGAUGGAGUGGGAGCAGAUCGGUGUCUGGUGAUGUUUGAGGAGGUGGCUGUGAAUUUCUCCCCAGAGGAGUGGGCCUUGUUGGAUUCAGAUCAGAGAGCUCUGCACAGGGAAGUCAUGGAGGAGAACCAUGAGAUUGUGACCUCUCUUGCUUCAGUUCCAGAGCCAAACACUAACCAAAAGGAAGAGGAGGAGGAGGACCUGAAGGUACCAGAUUCACAGGUCGUGGGUCUGACAAAAAUCCUGGAAACCGGGGAUUCAUUGAAUAAACCAGGAGGUAACUGGAAGAAAAUGGAUCUAGAUGACAAAUUUGAUCUUGCAAGACACCAGCAAACCCAUACGGAAGAGGAAAGUGACAAUAGAGGCCCCAGAUGUGGCAAAUACUUUCCCCAAAAGAUGGCCCUUGGCCUUCAUAAGCAGGCCCACAGAGGAAAGAAAUGCAUGAAAUAUUUUGACCACAAUUUGUACAUUGCAAAACACCAGCGAGUCCCUCUAGAAGAGAAGCCGUGCAAAGCAGGCUUCGUGGAGCAACAGAGACUGCACACAGACGAAAAACCAUUCAAAUGCCAGGAGUGUGACAAAUGUUUCACUCACAGCUCAAACCUUUUGACUCACCUUGUAGUUCACACUGGGGAAAAACCCUACAGAUGCCAGGAGUGUGGAAAAGGUUUUGUUUAUAAGUCAGGCUUUGUGAGGCAUGUGAGAGUCCACACAGGAGAGAAACCUUACAAAUGCCAGGAGUGUGGGAAAAGUUUUGCUCACUCGUCCGUUCUUCUGACUCAUCAGAAAAUCCACACUGGGGAGAAACCGUACAAAUGCUAUAAAUGUGGAAAAUGUUUUGUUCAGGAGGCAGGCUGCAUGAAACAUGAGAGAGUCCACACCGGAGAGAAGCCAUACAGAUGCCAGGAGUGUGGGAAAUGUUUUGCUCACUCCUCCGCCCUUCUGACUCACCAAAGAGUCCACACUGGGGAGAAACCAUACAAAUGCCAGGAUUGCGGGAAAUAUUUUGCUCGCAAGGCAGACCUCGUAACUCAUCAGAGAGUCCACACCGGAGAGAAACCGUACAAGUGCCAGGAGUGUGGGAAGUGUUUUGCUCAGAAUUCAACCCUUCAUGUCCAUCAGAGAUGCCACACGGGAGAGAAACCACACAAAUGCCAGGAGUGUGGAAAAUAUUUUACUCAUAACUCCACCCUUUUAGUUCACAUGAGAACCCACGCAAAAGAGGGACCAUUCAAAUGCCAAGAUUGUGGGAAAUGCUUUACCCAGAAUACACGCCUUCUGGUGCAUCAGAGAUUCCAUACUGGGGAGAAACCCUACAAAUGCCAGGAGUGUGGGAAAUGUUUUGUUGGCAAGUCAAACCUAGCGGUCCACCAGAGACUCCACGCUGGCGAGAAACCAUACAAAUGCCAGGAAUGUAAUAAAUGCUUUGUUCGCAGUUCAGACCUUUUGACUCAUCAGGUAGUUCACACGGGUGAGAAAUCAUACAAAUGCCAGGAAUGCGGGAAAGAUUUUAUUCGGAAUUCAAGUCUUCUCAUCCACCAGGCAAUCCACUCAACAGAGAACCCCUACAAAUGUGAAGAGUGUGGCAAAUAUUUUGUUUGCAAGAGAGUCCUUGUCAAUCACCAGAGAAUCCACAACGGAGAGAAAACAUUCGCCUGCCUGGAGUGUGGGAAAUGUUUUGUGCAGAAGUCGGGCCUUGUGAAUCACCAGAAAAUCCACAUUGGAGAGAAACCAUACUCUUGCCAGGAAUGUGGGAAAAGUUUUGCUCAUAGGUCGAGCUUGGUGAAGCACGAGAGAAUCCACACCGGAGAGAAGCCCUACAGAUGCCAGGAGUGUGGGAAAUGUUUUGCUCACUCCUCCGCCCUUCUGACUCACCAGAGAGUCCACACAGGGGAGAAACCGUACAGAUGCCAGGAUUGUGGGAAAUGUUUUGCUCACAAGUCAGAUCUCAUGAGCCACCAGAGAGUCCACACAGGAGAGAAACCAUACAAAUGCAAGGAGUGUGGGGAAGGUUUUGCUCGGAAAACUCUGCUAAACAGACACAUGAGAGUGCAUAAGAGUAGUGAUGUUGUAUGGAACAAUUUGGAUUAUGCUUCAGUUAUGGCCGUCUAUCAGCAACUCCACUUGGGAGAGAAACCUUGCACAUAUGAGUAGCAUGUUAAAUGUGUUCAUAUAUUGUAUUUUAAGACACAUUUGAGGGCAUGCCAUCUGAGAAACCACGCAAAUGUUGUAAGUGUGAGAAAGAAAAGUAUUGUGAACAUUUAGAGGCCACUUGACGGAUUCUUCCAAAAUGCAUCUGGUGGGACUUUUUCUAUCAGCAGCCUUCACUUUUUUUACAAUUCCCAUUUUCAUAGCCAAAUGUAUACAUUUAUGGUGGUGGAAAGGAUGUUAUAUGCUAGUGUAACUACAGAGAGGCUUCUCACUCUCCCCUUUUUCUCUGCUUUCUAUUCCCUGUUUAUCUUGCCUGCUGAAGGAAGACAUACACAGCUGUAGUAGAAUCUCGUGCUUUCCUUUUUCAGUUUUGUUUAUUGUAUUGUUUACUGGAGGUGUUACCAAAAGGCUCUGGUAACUGGUUCUUUACAAUUAUCCAGCACAGUUGUCCCCAUAUAGGAGUACUGAAAUAAGAGUUCAAUACACACCAGAUCAAUGUUUUCUCUCCGUUGUGGAUUCUCUGGUGAUUGACAGUGUUUUCAAUCACUGUUCCUGUCAUCAUCAUAGGCUGUCACUUGUGGCUGAGGAUAAUUGCCUUCCAAUUGUAGACUCUUGGCGGUGGGUCCAUAAGUGACAGUAGAGACCUAUCUUGGAUAUGCACGGUCUUUCACAAGGACAUACAUUUCCAGAUGAAAGGUGGACACAAGGGUUUGUUUGACGUGCCUUCCCUUGGCACGUUUCUCCCUUUUUUUCCUCCACUCUGCCUCUUCAAAAUAGCACUGUUGGUUAUAGCUGACCUCCAUUUAGACACUCAAGGGCCAGGGCUUCUCUGUGUUUAUUCCACAUUUUUUAAGGUUAGCUUUAAAUCUCUUUUGCUGACCACCAACAUUCCGUUUUCCAUUCUUGAGCAGAGUAAAGCAAAGCAGUUCAUAUUCAUGUAACAUUUAUUAAGACAUUUAUUACAGUACAGUCAAAUACAUCAAGAAGCCUCAAGCACACUCCAUUCCUUCAGUAUACUCACACUAUUUAACCCUUCUCAGUAGGUUAUCAUUCUUGCUGCAAGAGAAAUGGGAGCCCUGCUACAACACUGUCUAGCGCACAGUAUGUUAGCUGUGGAAAAUCUCUUAUAGUUUUUGUUUGUAUGGCAAGCCAGCUGGAUCAGCAACAACCACUUAUCUCUUUGAUCCAUUACACUAUUCAAGUAGUGAGUUCUCUGGAAGCCAGCAGGUUCAGGCUUCCUGGCUUUGUGUGUCAAGAGAGAAUGGCUUUGCUUUUUACCACGAUUUUAAUCAUGCAGCGUCUUUCCAGACGGCCAAUUCUCUCACACCAGAAGCGACUUGCAGUUUCUCAAGUCACUCCUGUAAGGUAAAGGUAAAGGUUUCCCCUGAUGUUAAGUCUAGUAUAUCCGACUCUUGGGGUUGGUUCUCAUCUCCUUUUCUAAGCCGAAGAGCCGGCGUUGUCCGUAGACACCUUCAAGGUCAUGUAGCUGGCAUGACUGCAUGGAGUGCCGUUACCUUCCCGCUGGAGCGGUACCUAGUGAUCUACUCACAUUUGCAUGCUUUCGAACUGCUAGAUUGGCAGAAGCUGGGGCUAACAGCAGGCGCUCACCCCACUCCCCAGAUUCGAACUGCCAACCUUUGAGUCAGCAAGUUCAGCAGCUCAGUGGUUUAACCCGCUGCAUCAUCGGGGAUUCCUGACAUACACAAAAAGUGUGUGUAUCAAUCACUCCUGAUACACACACAAAACCAUGCAUUGUACAUUUUCCAUUUUAGUAGCUCUUUUCAGCCUUCAUUGGGUUAUAUCAGGGACCCAUACAUCCAUUACAGAGACAGGCUGUUAAGGCAAUUCAACCUGGCCUGGGUUUCUUAUGCCCUAUGUCACCAUCUUUCCAAUGCUGAUGUUUUAAAAAAAAACAGCUACACAGAGAAUAAGGAAGAAGAGCUAAAGUUGGACAAGCAUGAGAAGGCUUUCUAGAAAGUAGCUUCACUGUCCGAGGUUUUGAUAACUGAGAUAUGCUAUAAAACUACUCUAGUGUGGUAUUUCAUCCAGCAUGGAAUAAACGUCAUCGUGUCUCACGUAUGGAAAUGUACUAACUCAGGAGAGAAACCUUAUGAGUGAUCUUUCAUAGAGUUGAAAGAGACCUCGUGGUCCAUCCAGUCCAAUCCCAUUCUGCCAAGAAGCAGGAAAAUCACAUUCAAAGCACUCCCAACAGAUGGCCACCCAGCCUCUGCUUAAAAGGCUCCAAAAGAAGGAGCCUCCACCGCACUCCAGGGCAGAGAGUUCCACUGCUGAACAGCUCUCUCUCACAGUGAGGAAGUUCUUCCUCAUGUUCAGGCGGAAUCUCCUUUCCUGUAGUGUUCUGCAUCCAUUGUUCUGCGUCCUAGUCUCCAAGGCAGCAGAAAGAAAGCUUGCUCCCUCCUCUCCAUGACUUCUGCUCACAUCUUGAUACAUGACCCACAUCGUGUCUCCUCUCAGCCUUCUCUUCUGCAGGCUAAACAUGCCCAGCUUUUUAAGCUGCUCCUCAUUGGGCCUGUUCUCCAGACCCUUGAUCAUUUUAGUCGCUCUCCUCUGGACACUUUCCAGCUUGUCAACAUCUCCCUUCAAUUGCGGUGCCCAGAAUUGGACACAGUUGUGAUUCCAGGUGUGGUCUGACCAAGGCAGAAUAGAGGGGGAGCAUGACUUCCCUGGAUCUAGACACUAGACUCCUAUUGAUGCAGGACAAAAUCCCAUUGGCUUUUUUUAGAGUUGCGUUAUGUUUUCCGGGCUGUAUGGCCAUGUCCUCAGAGGAUGCCUGCCAUAGAUGUGGGCGAAACGUCAGGAGAGAAUACUUCUGGAACAUGGCCAUACAGCCCGGAAAACAUACAGCAACCCUGAGAUCCCGGCCAUGAAAGCCUUUGGCUUGUUUUAAACCGCCGCAUCACAUUGUUUGCUCAUGUUCACUUUCCUCCCCACGAGGACUCCAAAAUCUUUUUCACACGCACUACUCUUGAUCCAGGCGUCCCCCAUUCUGUAUUUUUGCAUUUCAUUUUUUCUGCCUAAGUGGAGUAUCUUGCAUUUGUCCCUGUUAAACUUCAUUUUGUUAGUUUUGGCCCAGCUCUCCAAUCUGUUAAGAUUGUUUUGAAUUCUGCUUCUUUGUUUAGUAUAUAUAUUUUUGGAGGUAUCCUAUUUUGCAUCCUGCAUAGGAAAUCUCUGCAUUGGAAAUAAACUAUGAAAUUACAGAGUAUGCAAAAUGUUGUAUUGUCACAAGUGAAGACAAUUAUUUUUAACAAGGAAGGGAGAAAGGAGUCUCAUACUGAUGGGGCAGUUAAUUGUUCAGUAUGAAGGCACAUUGACUGAUUUAAAUAUUCUCCUGAAAUCUUUCUAAUUUAAAACACCCCUGCUUUGCCUCAUUAUCUGACUUGCCAGAAGAUAAUUCAGUGGAGGAAUAUCUCCGAAACCUUACUGUAUCUGACCCGAAGUUUGAAAACGUCCAAGUGGCAAAUGUCAAAUGCAGUCAGGUUGAUUGUAUGUUUCUAAGUUGAGAAGCCUAUGCAGUCCUUAAAAUGGAAGCAACAAGACAUUGUUUAUAUAAAAUGAUUCGUGAUACAAGGGCUCUGAAAUAUCAGCUCUCCAUAUUCGCUGGGGUAAGGGUAGAGGAUCACUUCAAAAAUGGUAAUUAUAAAGGCUUCAACUCAAAAGAACGUCUCUAGUAAUCUUUAGGUCAUCCAGCAUGAGAGUGUAGUCAACUUUUGGCAGAGUCACAUUGCAGGACUUCAAAGUUUUUAGACUAUUUUAUUUAAAGUCAAAUGUGGAGGGCCAACUGUAAUGCCUGCCCUUGGUUCUCACUUUUCUGUAUCUUUCUUGGGUCUAUAUUCUAACACCUUUGGCUUCUUUCUUAGCUGUAGAUGCCCCCCUUCUCCGAGAAGCUAGUCUGUUUCCCUUUGUCUGAGAAGGAGCAUCCAUGGGGCUACAACCCCAAUAAUGGAUGCUAGCGUACCCCUAACCAGGAGAGCCAGCCUUUGUUGGCUCUUCUAACCAAAUAUAGCUCACCUUCUUUUGCCUGUUUCCUUUAUUAUCCUAAGGUGGAUUUCCUGAGACAAUAAAUUAUGUAUUCUUACAAAAGCCUUUACGGUCAUUUAUCUUAUUCUACCACAAUAUGCCUUCAAAAAUAGUCUAUUUUCAUGAGAUCCUUGGGUUUUUUCCCUUUCACCUGUACAUUUACUAUUCUGAUGAUAACAAAGUUAGGGACAAUGAAUUGCUAUUCAAGCUCUCAGUCCUCAUUUGGUAUUACAUUUCAGGAUCCUAUGCUAUUGUGUCUCUCUCACAGCUGCACAUGUAUGAUGUAUUCUUGCAUGUGAUGAUUGAAUGAAAAGUAAUGUCUCCACCUUUGUUACUUGGGUUUGGAUGGGAAUAUUUUAAUAAAUCAAAUGCAGAAAUAA